UAGACUACGGUUGGGCGGCGGGCACGGCGGGCCGGUGGGUGGGGCCGGUGGGUCCUGGCCGAGAGCGCUAGUUGGGUACAUGGCAUCCAACCACUGCACAAAUUCAGAGCAAUGGAAGAAAAGAGCAGCAAAAAUUGAAUUGAAUGAAACCCAAAAACAAGAAAUUAAAGAGGCCUUUGAUUUAUUUGAUAUCGAUGGGUCUGGAACCAUAGAUGUGAAAGAAUUGAAGAUUGCAAUGCAGGCCUUAGGAUUUCUACCAAAGAAAGAAGAAAUUAAAAAAAUGAUAGCUGAAAUCGACAAAGAAGGAAUUGGCACCAUUAGUUUUGAAGAUUUUUUUGCCAUUAUGAGUGUAAAAAUGAGUGAAAAAGAUGAAAAAGAAGAAAUAUUGAAGACUUUCAAAUUAUUUGAUGAUGAUGAUACUGGAAGCAUAACACUAAACAAUAUCAAGAGGGUUGCUAAGGAACUAGGGGAAAAUUUAACAGAUGGUGAACUUCAGGAAAUGCUUGAUGAAGCUGAUCAUGAUGGGGAUGGAGAAAUAAAUGAGGAAGAAUUCUUGAGAAUGAUGAAAAAUACCACUCUUUAAUAAUACCGUUAUUUUGUUCCUUCUGGAAAGUUGUUAACAAAUUUGUGUUUGUUGCACAGUUCAAUAAUUUAAUACUGAAUGUAUUCAUUUUAAUUUUACUUUA